GAGGUGGAGCGAGAGCAGGAGCAGGUUGAGUAGGCGACGCGGCUCCGGCUCCGGCUCCGGCUCCGGGAUAGGCAGCGGCGCGGCCUCGGGCAGCCCGGCCCAGAUACUGCAAGAAGUGGAAAACAGAACAAAGAGCUGUACUUCAUGAUGUAGUAGAAGGUCCUAAGAAGUAGUGCUAAUGGAACGGGAUGCUUCUCUGAGGACUUAGUGAUUCAGACUUUGGAAGAGCUGCUGUUUGAAUCUAUCAUACUCCUUAUAUAGUUACCCUACAGCUCUAUCUUCUGGAACCAAGCUGCUCUGCAAACAUUUAUUUUUCUUAAUAAUGGGUAUUGGCAAAAACACCACAUCAAAGUCAGUAGAAACUGGAAGCUCUACUGAGGGCAAAUAUGAAGAUGAAACAAAGCAUCCUGCUUUCUUCACUCUUCCGGUGGUGAUAAAUGGAGGUGCCACAACAAGUGGUGAACAGGACAAUGAGGAUACUGAGCUAAUGGCAAUCUAUACUACAGAAAAUGGCAUAGCUGAAAAGAGUUCUCUUGCAGAGACAUUGGACAGCACUGGAAGUUUAGAUCCCCAGAGAACAGAUAUGAUUUAUACAAUAGAAGAUGUACCUCCCUGGUAUCUCUGUAUAUUCUUAGGGCUACAGCACUAUUUGACCUGUUUUAGUGGUACUAUAGCAGUGCCCUUUUUGCUAGCUGAUGCUAUGUGUGUUGGAUAUGACCAGUGGGCUACAAGUCAGCUUAUUGGGACCAUAUUCUUCUGUGUGGGAAUCACAACUUUAUUACAGACAACUUUUGGAUGCAGGUUACCUCUAUUUCAAGCUAGUGCUUUUGCAUUUUUGGCCCCUGCUAGAGCUAUUUUGUCUCUAGAUAAAUGGAAAUGUAAUACUACAGAUCUUUCAGUUACCAAUGAAACAACAGAAUUAUUGCAUACUGAGCAUAUCUGGUAUCCAAGAAUACGAGAGAUCCAAGGUGCCAUUAUCAUGUCUUCAUUGAUAGAAGUUGUAAUUGGCUUCCUUGGCCUGCCAGGUGCUCUGCUAAAAUAUAUCGGACCUUUGACUAUUACACCAACAGUGGCCCUGAUUGGUCUCUCUGGUUUCCAGGCGGCAGGAGAAAGAGCAGGGAAACACUGGGGCAUAGCUAUGCUAACUAUUUUUCUAGUAUUGUUAUUUUCUCAAUAUGCCAGAAAUGUUAAAUUUCCUCUCCCAAUUUACAAAUCCAAAAAAGGAUGGACUGCCUACAAAUUGCAGCUUUUCAAAAUGUUCCCUAUAAUCCUGGCUAUCUUGGUAUCCUGGUUACUGUGCUUCAUAUUCACUGUGACAGAUGUCUUUCCACCUGACAGCACAAAGUAUGGGUUCUAUGCUCGUACAGAUGCUAGACAAGGCGUGCUUUUUGUGGCACCUUGGUUUAAAGUUCCAUAUCCAUUUCAGUGGGGACUUCCAACCGUUUCAGCUGCUGGAGUUAUAGGAAUGCUCAGUGCAGUGGUUGCUAGCAUUAUUGAAUCCAUUGGUGAUUAUUACGCCUGUGCAAGAUUAUCUUGUGCUCCACCACCACCCAUUCAUGCAAUAAAUAGGGGCAUUUUCAUUGAGGGGCUAUCCUGUGUUCUAGAUGGUGUGUUUGGUACUGGAAAUGGUUCCACUUCAUCAAGUCCCAAUAUUGGAGUUUUAGGAAUAACUAAGGUUGGAAGUCGUCGAGUUAUUCAGUAUGGUGCGGCUUUAAUGCUUAUGCUUGGAAUGAUCGGGAAAUUCAGUGCAUUGUUUGCGUCCCUUCCAGACCCUGUGCUUGGAGCCCUCUUUUGCACACUCUUUGGAAUGAUCACUGCUGUUGGAUUAUCGAAUCUUCAGUUUAUAGAUUUAAAUUCUUCCCGUAAUCUCUUUGUCCUUGGAUUUUCCAUUUUCUUUGGACUUGUUCUUCCAAGUUACCUGAAGCAGAAUCCACUAGUUACAGGGAUCACAGGAAUUGAUCAAGUAUUAAAUGUCCUUCUCACCACAGCAAUGUUUGUAGGUGGAUGUGUUGCUUUUGUUUUGGAUAACACCAUCCCAGGUACUCCAGAAGAAAGAGGAAUACGGAAAUGGAAGAAAGGAGUUGGAAAAGGAAGUAAAUCACUUGAUGGCAUGGAAUCCUAUGAUUUGCCAUUUGGCAUGAACAUUAUCAAAAAAUUCCGAUGCUUCAGUUAUUUGCCCAUCAGCCCAACCUUCAUGGGUUACACAUGGAAAGGUUUCAGGAAAAGCACUAACUGCAGAAAUUCAGAUGAAGAUUCAGAGGCUACUGUAUAGCCUUAGUUGAAAUUAUAUAAUCUAGUUGUAGUAAAAGAUGUAUUUGAAGUUCUUUGCUGAUUAAUAAGCAUUAAAAUAUAUGUUUUGUAUAUCUGCAUUUAAAUUUUGAAACCCAGAGCCGAGACUGAUUAUAAAUAGCUUUUCUGUUGUGGGUGGUGAUAUUGUCUAAUAUAGUGUCUUGACCAUCUUAUUAUUUAAAUCCUUGAUCCUGGCUCUUUUCAGGGCAUCCAUUGCUGGCAAUGAUAGCUGCGCCUGAAAAUUCCUGAUCCUCCUGUGGAAGAGAGAUAUUUGGAAUUCGUUGUGGCUUUUUUGUUCUUUUUUUGGGGGGUGGGGGGUUGUUUUUGUUUUAUUCAUUCCUCUUUCUUGGUAAAUGUGUAGUAUCGUUUUGGAUAUGUGCUGUCUUAUCCUAGCAUUCUGAAUGUUUGACUGCAUGCCAAGUCAUCCAAGAUGCCUGUCAACAUUUUCUCUUCCUCACCUAGAUUUUCUGUACUCAUUGCACAGGCAAAUUCACAGGACCUAUCUCUGCCCUAGAAAGACUUUUGGUCCUUCAAGCCACUCGAACUUACUUCCUUGGAUAGUUUUUUCAUAAUUCUUCAUGUCAUCUGUGCCUAAAAAAAGUCUUGGGGAAAGCAAAAAUACAUUUUUUCCUGCAUCAUUUUGACUUAAUAGUCAAUAUAGUCAUAAUUCUCCUCUUGCAUUUGUAUUUCAGAAAUAUUUCUCGAGCUAGAAUUAUGGAAUGGAUUGCCCUAUGGUUUAUGUAGACAUGCAUUUGUGAAAAUCACACAUACUUGUUUUGAAUGAAUCUGGGAGAAGAGGAUAUGGGUCAUGUGUUCUUUUAAUCAAUAUCUAUUGACUAUUAACCUGCUGUCUUUCAUGAUCAAAUUAUCAACACUAUCCUGCCUAAAAGUCUGCUAGGAGAUAAUUUAUUACUAUAUCCUUAUGCCCUGGAUUUUUGAAUAGGUACAGAGUAUCUAUCAUCUGAGAGUAUCAGUCAUUGUUAGCUGAACAUCUUGGCUCUCCUGUAAUAUGGAUGUUGUUAGUUAUUAGGCCUUCAUAAUUGUGAUUCUAUAUUCACGUUUAAUGCUCUUAUUACAAAUUAAUUUGACAUCAGUGUUUUUCAUUGUGAUCCGUCCAAUUUUGAUGUGAUCCACCAUUGUCCCCUCACCCACCCACUCCAUUCCCCAAAGAAAAACAGGAAAAAGAACUCGCAUUUGCAAUGCCAUGGAAAUCAUCAGGGAAGCUUAAUAUAAUGUGCUCUUAAGGCCAGUAUAAUAUUUCUGUGCUUGCAUUUUGUAUGUCUUGAUCAAAUGAAGGUUUAUGCUAUAACUCUUUUUUAAAAAUGUAUCUGAACUGACUACUUGACCAGAGCAUGGGAAGGCCAUAAUUUUCCUCUGAGUCUUGCUUUAAUAUAAGAUCAAGGAGAAAGAAUAAGUGAAUCAAUCAGCAUUGAAUGACCUAAUAUCUGAGUAAAUCCAUUUACUUCAGUUUAUGGAAUGUCUCCAUAAAAAUCUUUAUUAUUGCACAGCUAUUCACAGAAGAGAUUUUUAAGCUGUUUUAGCUCAUGGAAACAUUCAAUAAUUUGCCAUUUUGAUAUCUGCUGGAUAUUACCAAGGUAGUCUGCAUGGUUGUACUACCUGUCUGAAUAAAGCCUUCUCUUUUUCUUUUUGUUUACUGAUCCACUCUAAGUGAGAGGCAUUUGGUUGAAUGUUGCCUUAACACCUGCUCCCUUGCUGAGCACUCUAAUUGAGAACACUAAACUAUUAAUAAAAAUAGCCUGUUUAUUUGAUUUGGAGUUAUCAGCUCAGGGAAAGGUAAAAAAAGGAGAAAAGUCAGAAACUUAGUGAGAUGACUACAUUUAUACCAGAUCCUGAAGAUGGUUAAUCAGCUUCUGUUUGAGCAGCUAAAAGGAACCAAAAUGGAUAAUUUCAAAUAACAUACAACUCUUUUUGCAAUAGUUCAUUUUGCCUCCAUUUCUAGUUUAAGAAACUCCAGUCUUGGCACUCAAGUCAGUGUUAAGAUUAGUUUGUUAUAAAUAGGAGAGAAGCACUUUGAGAUCAACUUAGUUGUAUUUUUAGAUUGUUGGCUAAAUAAGCUAUAUGUUUUUAACCCUUUGACUCCAGGAAGCUUGAGCUAAAGUGAGCAUUGCAUUAAGACACCCUGGCUUGUCUGCAUUUCGUGCCAAGAUCUUAUUACAGAUUAAAUGAAGCACAUGUAUUCAGAAUUGCUUGUGGUUUUAUAUGUUAAAGUUCUGGCUGUUUUAGUGUAUAUUAGAUGUAGUGUUGUUCAAAAGAAAAUCAACUAGUGGUUCAGUCAAUCUUGUCUUUUUCGUUGUGAGACAAGCAAUAUACCAUGCUGUGUUAAGCUGUGCUUUGUUUAGCCCUGUCUGAUUCCUUUUCCCUGACAAAUGGAGAAAACUAUGCUAAAUUGAUGGUGUUUGGUAAGUAUGCCUUGACACUAUUUCUAACUGUUCGGCGCAGUAAAGCUGUCAAAUAUUUCACCAGAAUGAUUUAACACUUACCAGUGUAAUUCAGUAAUAACAUACUGGUUAAUAUGGAUGACUUGCCUUUUUGAUAUUUUUCUUCCACUAAACAGUAUAAAAAAUGUGUGUGUUAAGGUUCAGAUGCCAAACUGCUUCUGAAACUCUUGUUGCAAAAGAUUCGGGAGCUGUUGUUUUCAACUCUUUCAGCCUUGGAAAAUGUCUUGCUUUGUACCAUCCAUGUAACUGGACUUUCUCUAGAGAGAAUUUCCCACCCUGAUGUGAUGUUUGGUGUGGGAUGAACUUUGGGAAUUGCCAAAUUAGGGGGUCCUUUUUGAACUAUUAUGUGAAGCAGGGACUGAAAUGUAGUAAAGAGAACAAUAUACCAGGUCCCCAAUGGGGCCAUUUGCCAGGAAUUGACAAUGUAACCAGAACGUGGUGUAGGAAUCCAGUGUUUGAAUUGGACAAUAAUAAAUUUCUUGCAUAAACAUAGCACCUAAAGUUAAUCACAUAAUAGAGUGCAGUCUCAAUUGCCAGCAAGCAAGCUGUGGAACAAAAGAUGCUGAUUUGGUGCAGGGGGUUAAUUUGUUAUGUUUUUAGUUUCUGUUUAUAAAAAUAGCUAGGUAUGAAGCUGAGGAUAACAUAAGGGUGAAUUGAGUGUGUCUGUCACACUGCAUUUUUUUGUGUGGAAUGGGGCAAUUUGCUGAAUUGUUUGUCCACUAAAUCGAAUAUAUAGUAUAAAAUAUAUAAAAAGCCUGAUAUGUUCAGAAUGAAAAACAGAAAAGAGUGUCCCAUCCCCCAAUUCAUGGCAGAAAUACUUUCUUUACCACAGUCAUAGAAUUGGAAACUCACCCUGGAUUUCUCUAAUUUACCAGCAGUAUAAUUGAGAAUCGUUCAGAAUUAAUACACUGAAAUUCAGGUUCUUGUUUAAAGGAACCCACAGAUUUCAGUUUUGUUGCAAACUACCUGUAAUUGACCAGAAUAAAUGCACCAGGUCACACCAGGUGAAUGACCAGUGAACUAGGAGAAGCAGUCAUGUCUCCAUGUGUGACAGAUCCACAGGAUUUGCUUUAUAUCUUUGAAUACAGACUUUAAAUAUAACAGCUUGGUUUGUACAUGAAUAUUGCAGUAUUUCCAUAUAUUAAAAUAACAUUUCCACCCAGGAUAAUGGUCACAGGUUUCCAGGGAGGGAGUGAUAUGAUUUUCAUGACAAUGUCAUGUGAUAAUAGAAUUUCUCCAUUGAUGAAUCUCUAGUUAGUUGUGUAUACUUUGUUUACCCAUGCUUCUGUUUUAUAACAAAAAACUGAAGUUGUUUCUUUUAUUCAUGUCCCUGCUGAAAUAUUGGUACUAGGAAAUUAGAGUGAACAUUUGCAGAUGUAAUCCUCAGUGCUUUUAUGUGCCACAAAAGUGGUUAAGCCAAAUGCAUCAGUCAGAGAACAAUCAGCUGUGGCAAUAUCUUUAUACCAAGAGUUUCAGGAUUAUGGGGAGAGAGAACAUUCAGUAGGUUAAAUUUAAUUGUGACAUAAAGGGGACUGCAGGUUAACAACGACUGACUUAGCUAGUUUCAAAAUAGCUUAACCAUUAGAUGUUGGACACACAGUUCGCAUCUCUUUGUGCUAUACAAAGUACAUAAUUCCUGUAUCAAUGUACAGUAUGUAAUUUCCCUAACACAAAUGCAAUGCUCGAAUGGGGUGGCCACUUUCAACUCCACAAAUGAAAAAAAGGCAACUCUCUCCCUUAGUCAAAGAGACCUAAUUGAAAUAGUGACCAAUGACUUAAUUCCCACAUGCUGUAUAUAUCUUAGUAUUUCUUAUUGUGGCUUUUAAGAGAAUACGACAUCUCCUGCAUCAUCACAGUCUGCCAGUUAUUAGCAGUAUUGCAAGAAGGCCAUACACUUGUUUAUUUUUGCCGAAGGAUCCAUCCAUCCGGCUUUGUGCUGAACUACUUUUUGUACUGAGGAAUUCAUUUUAGCAGCAUCCAAAAACAUUCCCAUCUUGUUGAGUGUGACUGUGCAUUGUCAUCACUAUAUAUAUUAUUACUAUCAAAUGUGCUUAGAUUGCUGUUUGUAUUUUUCAAGCACUUAGGACAUCUUGACCAGUGUGGCCAUCUUGCUGAUAAUUCAAAUUAUUGUAUUUUUUUGUUGGUUCAGAACAACUUUUGACAUGUUAACAGACUGGAUGCUCUUAAAACAGUGGGGAUGCCUAUAUUUUCCAUGAGUUUUGUGGCUGAAUUUGGCUGUAAACCUUUCGGAGUUUUUUCGUGUUUUGGGGGGAGGGUUUGUUUUUAUUUUUCUCUUUUGUUUGUCUUUUUAUUAUUUUACAUACCAAGGGUUUGGUUUUUCUUUUGGGGGGGAGGGAUGGGGAAGGGUUUGAGAUGUGUAAUUCUUUUAUGGAGUUUUUAAAAGAUUUCAUAUUGUUUUUCUAACAUGGCUUCAUUAAACGUUUAAAUAUUUAAAAAUAUGUAAUAUUUGGACCAGAUGUUGUGAAUAAAUAGUAGAGAUAAAGCUAUUUUAUUCUGUAUUUUUAAAGCUGUUCAGUAUAAAUAAAAGCUGACCUAGAUGCA